GCUGACGGUGGUUUGGUGGCUGGCUGCUGACGGUCAUGCGGCUGGCUGGCUGCUGACGGUCAUGCGGCUGGCUGUUAACGGUGCUGCGUGAGGGCGUGGCAGUUACCAAGCUCCUGCUGAGACGACCACCACCACUACAUCCACCUUGCCUCCCUGCUGACAACUCCAUUCAUCCGGCUCAUUCAUUCGUCCGGUUGUGAUGAAAAACAGCCGGAUAUGGACGACCUCCCCGCCAACUAGAUCUUCCUACCAUAGACCUGUACUUUUGACUUCAUAAACUACUAUAGCCAUACCGUUAGCUUGAACUUGUAAACACUGUACCCAAGGGCGCGGUGGUGUAGGCCUAGGUGAGGUAUUCUCAACCAUCAGUUCGACACACACACACCACACGCACACACCUCACAUACACACACACACACACACCACACACACACACACACACAUGAUUUAUAACCAGUCACUAUUUUUUUUUCUGAUACUCGUGUGCUGUGAAGGUCAGGCUGGGCGUUGAGGAUACCUUGUGAAGGGUUUAUUGAUGCCACAGUUUUAUACGUAGGAAUUUUAUAGCUGUAAGUAAUUAUUGUGUGAAUAAACUUUUCCAUCCUUCCAAAAAAAAAAACCUCUCUUGUCUGUCUCUUUGUCUAGAUUUCUCACCUUUAUUUCCUUCUGUUUUCUUACUUUUUUCUUUAUUUUUUUUAUUUUUUACAAUAUUUAACACCUUCACCAUCUUCACAGCAAAUGAUUCUUUCCAACGGAGAACCAUCAAGCCAUUACGAGGCUGACGUCACAACACUAUGAAUGUGACCUUUACCUGUCCCCUACCUGUUAAUUAUGUGCUCCCGUCUCUACCCCUACCCUUCCACCCCCCACCCUUCAUUUUCUUGUAAUAUAAUCAAUUUCUGACAUUUUGUGUGUUGGCAAUCAAAGUUACAGAGACGACCACGCCCAUCCCCAAUGGCAAGCGGUACCCACCUCUACCUGACAUGGACGUUGAUUACUCGAUCGUCGCUAACUACCACUGGGGGACCAUUAACGAAAAUAUGACGGAGGAGGUUACUGACGGGGGAAUAAUCCUUGUACCGGGACCUUUCGGCUUCGGUACCGGGGUGUAUGUGGACGGCGGUAAGGAACAGUGCCAAGUCCACGGAGGCUACAACGAAGACUUGGACUCUUGCUCAGUGAACCCCGCCAACUGCUUAAACGGAUUCACCUUCACCAUCUGGUCCAGGAUUGUUAUAAGCGACCAAGACUUGAAGAAUAUGAACGAUACCGACCCGGGCGAUUUGAGCUACGGAACCGUCGCCUCUUCUGGGGGCGACAAGGAAGGUCAUCCUGGGAUCCGUAUCUACAAGUACUCGGUGUGGCUGCACGCGCUGGUGUCAACAGGCGACCUCUACUGGCACACGAUGAUCCCCUGGCUCACCUACAACGAUACCUGGACCAAUAUAGGCAUCCGCUGGUCCCAUCCCACCGUCGAUGAGGAAGGCAUUGAGCUCUUCCUCAACGGAGAACCUGUAGCGAGCGCAAGCACACCCAUCUCCGUAGCCGCAGCCAAGGAGCCGCUCUCGCCGUCAGAGAUGAUGAUAGGCUGCCACAGGACCGCCGAUGACCCCCUCUACACAGAGUACAUCACCGCCGCCUUUGACGAAGUGGCCACCUGGACCAGACGAAUUAAUGACUCAGAGACGCUCUACUUCCUGGGCGGCUACAGUGCGGAGUUUGCUGGAGACAACCCGGAAGAGUUCGCCGAGAAGUUGACUGGUGCUGAUAUGAACGACCCAGAGACAGCGGCCACCAUGUACAACGGCCUCAGUGAUAUGUUCAAUACCGAGGUCGCCACCUCUAACACCGAGGAGGUCGAUCCCACCAGUGCUACCCCGGGCACUGAGGCCAGUCCUACAGACACAGCGCCGUCGUCUACCGCCAUGCCGAUCACGAAGAAUAUGAAGGUGUUUGAGAAGUUCGUUGAGGCGUUCAACUCAGCCACCGACGACAGCAAAGUCCCCAAGAACAUCGAUCUUCAGCUUACCAAGAAGAUCUUUCUGUUCAUCGAGGCAGCCAGCACCUUGUUUGGGGAGAGCAACGUGGACAAGAUGAAGACGUUGCAGAUGAAGAAGGACAACCCCGGGUCAGCCAAGAUGAUGGGCGACCUCACCCGCUGGAUCAGGAACAUCAUGCAUCAGGUCAUCUACGAGAACUCCACUCAACAAAUAGAGAUUAACAAGAUUACCAAGAACAAGAUUGUGGUGGCCACUAAGCGGAACGUCAGUGAAUGGGCAGCCAGUAAUGACCCUUAUAUCACGUCUCCAAACUACAAGGCAAUAGGUCAUCCAGUUGGUUGGAAUUAUCCUAUUGACCGAGCGGCAGUAUGCAUCAAGAUGAUUGACGCGGACAAGUGUGGAAGACGGGCCGUGAAUGUGGUUAUCCUCUCCUCCCGCACCUACCACCUCAUGGCCCCCACCAAGGUCAACGAGGCGAGAAUGCCGCCCUCCCGCUACUACGUCAUCGACUCCCGCACCAUCACAGUGGACGUUACCUGUGACCCCGUGCUUAAUGAGUUCGGCGGAAUCGACCCCACCGUACCGAGCUGCAAACCCACACCCGAGGCUAUGAAGAGAUUCCCAGUCAAGUUCAAGCUGAGGCACAUCAUCACCAGUGCAUUUAAGAUCAGGUCCUUGAAGUUCCACCAAGAAGAUAUGGACAGACAGAUCGAGCAGCGUUACUGUGCUUGGUGGAACACUGAGCUGGGAGACUUCGGGGUGUGGGACACUAAUGGAUGCUUCAUGUUGUACACCACAGAGACGUAUACCAAAUGCGCCUGUACACAACUCGGCACCUUCUCUGUGGUCGCUAGGAAGACGGAGCCCAAGGAGGUGCCCCCGGAGAACAUGUGGCUGACGAUACUGCGCUACAUUGGUUACUGCGUCUCCUUCCUCUUCCUCAUCAUGUACAUCAUCAUCGUUCUCCUCUCCAGCGACCUAAAGGACAUGUUCCACGUGAUGGGCGUGAACCUGUCAGUGGCCGUGCUGUUGGGCGCCGUGUUCAUGCUGGUGAGCGACGUACAUAGCAUCCGUGACGACAGACAUACGUGCACCGCCAUCGGGACCUUGAUCCAUUACUUCUACCAGUCUGCCGGUGCCUGGAUCUUUACCCUCGGCAUCGCCUCCUUCAGCGCCAUCACGUCUGGCGUGAUAGGAGGCCGUCUCCGGGUGUACAUCCCCAUCUCCUGGGGUAUGCCUCUCAUCUCCGUGGGCCUCACCUACUUGCUGUUCCUGCUGGACCUUGGAGAAGACCCACGCUGUUUUAUCUCCUGGGAGAACCCCGCCAAGUACGUCUUCUUCUCCUUCCAGCUCCUCUUCGUCUUCGUCUCACUCAUCUGCGCCAUCGUCGUCUUGACUAACAUGUCCACACCAGCUCUCAGGAAAGACAACCUGAUUGAUGACUACGGAUCGUUCUGUCGUGGGGCGGCGAUGGUGAUGCUCUUCUUCGACCUGACCUGGAUCUUCGGCUUCUUCUGUUAUGUCCGUCUGGGCUUCACUGGUCCAGACUUCUACCCAAUCUUCCAAGUACUCAACUCCUGGACGGGCCUCAUCAUCUUCUGUUCAUUGGUUUAUCUUCAAGGAGAUUUAAGAUGGUUCUCGCUGGCCAGGCUAAGAUGAGACGUCAGAUGUUGCUAGGUACGCCUUCGGGGCUCCUGGAGAUGACGACACGACUGGACUAGGCUCCCCACACGACCAGAGAAGUAAGACCUCCAGCCCUUCUGCAAGUGGUAGAUCAUCACCUCUUACUCCUCCAAGCUGGAGGAAGAGAGGCCUCGAUCCAGCCCAACUGACUCCCACCUGAAGCCUCCCACCAAGAGCCAGGUGGCUGGUCGGCCUGGCUCCCGUCCUCAUUCCUCCAACUUAUAACAACACUGGUAGAUGCAUCAACCCGCCGCCUCAUUUAUACCAGAGGAAAAAAACACCAACUAGCAACUCCACAAAAUAUGACCCAAUGGCAAAUACACGAAAAAAAUCUUAAUUGGCAUCCACUUCGAAGAAAGCCAAUAGGAAGCCAUGGAA